CCCAGGCUCCAGCUGAGGAACACCCUCAGGCACUAUUGGGCUGUCCACCCCACCCCGUUGUGACAUCAUCUGUCCGGUGGUCCCGCCCCCAGGUGAUGUCAUGAAUGUCAGCAUCAUCUGCUACGACCGAGAGACCAUGGAGGUCACGUGGGACCCUACCACCCACUUGGGGACCAACUUGAGCCUGGAGUUCCGGUGAGCCAGCACCUGGGCCCACCCGUUGCCACUCACUUCCAGUAACAGACACGUACCUACCCCUUCCACUUGCCACUUCCUGUGUCUGCCUGUCCCCGUCCCCUCCCAUGAUGCCUUGUUCUCUGGCAGUUAUCCCAUAAGGCAGCAGGAGCCGCAUCCCUGUCCUCACUACUUCCUGCUUGGGGGAUUCACUUCUGGGUGCACCUUCCCUGCAAGGCGAGAUCUGUUGGAGGUCACCAUCCGGAAAGGGAGGCGUGAGGUUUUCAAGCGGACAAACAAGGCAUGGAACUACCUGAAGCCCCGCCCCCUGCAAAACGUCACGCUCCAUUGGCUGGAGGACUCUGUCGUCGUCACGUGUCGCCCCCAUCCUUACAGCAACCUCCUGUAUGAGGUGCAGCACCGCAGCUUCGUGGACCCAGAGUGGCAGACAGAGUCAGCGACCUCCUGCAACGUGACGGUUGGCGGGCUUGACCAUGAACGCUGCUAUGACUUCCGGGUCAGGGCGACGCCCCAGAAUUUUUACUAUGGACUCCAGGCGCGCCCAAGUGAUUGGUCCCACGUGAUCCGCUGGGAGGCAGGGCAGCGCGAAGGCUCCUGCCCGUACCCGGCGCCGCCCAGACCCAGACCCCAACCCCUCCCGAUCGUCUGUGGCCUUGCGAUGCUGCUGACACUGCUGCUGCUCCUGUUGCUGCUGCGGCUGCGAAGGGUAAAGAAUGUCCUCAUGCCAUGCGUGCCUGAUCCCAAAGGCUCCUUUCCCGGGCUGUUCGAGAAGCAUCAUGGGAAUUUUCAGGAGUGGAUCGCCGACACGCAGGCCAUAGCCCCGGUGCCAAAGCUAGAAGUUAGCGCCGAGGACGAUGACAUCAUCCUACCCCAAGGGAAAGGGGCGGAGCCUGAGGGUGAUGUGCCCGCGGGGUUUCCCGAGCUCAUGCACCAGGACCCGAGAGGCGGAGCCCAGUUGUCGGUGGGCGGGUUCACGUUCCUGACAGAUGACAGCGCGUACAUGACCUUGUGACCCCAGGCGACCUUGGCGUCCCCGUAGCAUUGCCGUGUCAGAGCAAAGGUCAGUGUGUGGAGAAGCUGUCCCCUGUCCACCACGCCUUAGGCCUUCCCUUGUCAAUC